AUGAUUGUUGCCGUUCUUCUGUUCGCUUGCCAAACCUCUCGCCUCAUGGACUGGCCCACGAUACAAAAAUCGUUCCCAUGGAACGUUGUGAUGCUGUUGGGAGGCGGUUUUGCCUUGGCUCAAGGUGUCCAAAAAUCCGGUCUGUCUGACAGUAUCGGCAAUUCUUUGACGGGUCUGAAUCACCUUCCUCUGUGGUUGUUGCAAGCAGUCACAAUGGCCAUUGUGAUGACCGUCACUAACUUCUGCAGUAACACCGUCACGGCGACGAUAUUUGUGAACAUCGUUGCUAAACUGGCAACUGCAAUGGAUCGGCAUCCGUUCACUCUGAUGCUUCCGACGACGAUGUCGUGCUCAUUUGCACUGGUGUUGCCUGUCGGAACACCGCCGAACGCAAUCGUGUUCGGAUCGGGAAUGGUGAAAGUCUCAGAUAUGGUGGUGGCAGCCGAUCGGUCACUGAGCAUCAUGCUCAUGCGCCUCGAGAAUAGUGAAGGUGUUGUCGAGAAC